AAUGAAUGAUUCAGUGAUAAAAUUAGUGAUUUGCUUCCACCUAGUUUCAUUUUUAAAGUAUCAUUUCUGUUAUUUAAAUCAGUGAAUAUUUCUAUUUUCAAAAUUAAUCUCAACAUGAAUUUAUGAAUUUAUGCACUCAUGCCACCUCUGAGCCUCCUUAAAUGUCUAUAAACACUUAUAUGCCACUUUUGUGUUCUUCUAUGCCACCUCUGUAGUUCAAAUGAAUUUUGUUAAGACUGAUUUUAUUCCAUUGUCGUCUUGUUCUUCUUAUUCCAUUGUUUUACUUAGAAAUGUAGAAAAAAAGCCUAUUAAAAUAGCCUUUUAAAUAUGACAUAAAAGAUAUACAUUCAGAGACACGUUCAAAUUUGUCAUCUUAACAUGGUACAAGUUGGUACAAACAACUGUACAUCUUUACAUAUACUAAAGAAAUGUGUCAAAAACUGACACCUUAACAUGGCCAAAAUGUGCAUUUCUUAACAUCCAAAAAGAAAAAGAAAAGAAAAGCACUCGAAAUUGCUGUGUUAAUGUGGACGAACAGUGCAGGUCAACAUGGCCAAAUUUCAUAUUCCGUUUAAAGUGUUUUGGCCCUAUCCACCCUCCGUAGCUGGGAUCUUGUGACAUUUUGGCUUCACUUCACUACAGUAGAAGGAAGUGAAAUGAAGACAUGUCAAUAAGCUGGAAUCUGAUUGACUGAAGAGUAGAGCACUGCCAGAAAAGUCUUAAAAUACACACAAAUCCAGUGCAUUUUACACAUGGAUGAAGAUUUACAAACUCUGAUUCAAUAAUUAACCCGUCUCACUGAAAGUCACACUGCUUACUUGGAGCUCAGUUUGAUUCUUAUUCAAGGUUUUGCAAAGCAUGUGUAACUAAUGGGUGUGGUGCUGUGAUAAAGGUCAGUCAUUCUUCAAACUCUGAUCUUUGACUCAUUUUGUCAAAACUGGUAAGUCUGAGGUAAUUUUAAAAUCUCAUAAACCUAUAAACCUGAGGGGAUAUGGUGUUGCACCUUUUAUAUUUAUUUUCAUCACAUUUUUACCAACAGUAUAUAUAGAGAAAUAUGUUAAAUAUGUUAAAAGAUACUACUGUUAUUUACCUAUGAUCAUGAUAUUGUAUGCUCUGUUUUGUUUUUUAUUUAUUUUUUAGUUUUUAGGUUUCAGUUUUCAAUCAUGUUACAGCAGAUUUUAGCCCAAGUAAGAAUAAUAUCAAAUAUAUCUGUACCACUUUAUGUGAACAUUUUAUUGAAAGUUACACUGCUCACUGAAAGCUUUGCUCGAUUCUAAAGUAAUGUUUUCGUAAAGCAUAAGUAACCAAGGGGUGUGGUGUAUACUUACAGGUCAAUUACUUAAUCUUGCAGAGUUGUAUAUUUAGACUGUGCACCUGUAAGUUCACUCAUUUGUGUUGUUUCAGCUCUACAAACAUUAAACUACAGUCUAAAGGAACUUACCCAAGUAACAAUAACUUUAGGAUUCAGGAGUGAAGCUGCUAACCAGAGAAGUUGAGUCAGGAUCAUGGAACACAGUGGAGAGAACAUGAAUAGAGAAGAGCUCCUGAAAUAUUUCUGUGAUCUCACACUGGAUCAAAACACAGUACACAAUCGUCUCGCUGUUGUAGAGAGCAACAAGAAGUUGAUAUGUAAUCCAGAUCCAAUGAUAUAUCCUGAUCAUCCAGAGAGAUUUGAUGGCCUUCCGCAGGUUCUGUGUAAGGAGCGUCUGUCUGGACGCUGUUACUGGGAGGCUGAAUGGAGCGGGUUGGGUGAUAUGGUCGUGUCUUAUGAAGGAAUCGGCAGGAAAGGAGAAGGUUUUGAAAGCAGGUUUGGAGCUAAUGACAAAUCCUGGAUUCUGAGCUGCUUCGGGGAGAAACUGAUUGCCUGGCAUGAUAAUAUGGGAACACACAUUCCUCCCCCAGCACCUCCCUUAAACAAAUUUGGCGUGUAUCUGGACGAGCCGGCCGGGAUUCUAUCCUUCUACAGCAUCUCUGACACAAACACACUCAGACACUUACACACAUUCAACACCACAUUCAAAGAACCCCUCUGUGCUGGAUUUGUGCUGUAUACUAAUUCAGUGUCUCUCUGUGAUGUUAAAAAAACAGGUUGAGUCAUUUCAAAUUCACUACGUGAUCUACAGUGGCUCCAAAAAAGUACUUGCACUCUUUAAACAAAGCUAAUAAUAUCAAAACAAGUGCCCUUUAUUUUAUUGGACUGUCUAUUUACACUAAGUGCAAAUGUCUCGCCUUGUUGGCAGAGGCUAUUUACACUAACUCCACCCACUAACAUAUGCUUGGGAUAGUCAACACAACAAAAGAUGGCUGUCAAAUAACAGCAUCAGUGGAGUAAGUGGUAAAAUGCAUAGCACAGACUUUUUGAUGCAAUCGACCCGAGUUCGAAUCCACCUUUUGCCAAACUCAUUCUUGACCCUUUUUUCACAUCUCAUAUUACAUCAGAAAGGCAUUUUCAUUUUAUUUUGAAGUAUCAGGUAGUGUUAUGAUCAUCAGCUGGAGUGCCCAUGAACUCCAGUAGAGGGCACUCCACUCAGGACUCUUGUAUUUGGUGUCCAUUUCCAUUCCCUACUCCAUUUCCCAUAAUCCUGUGCUUAGGGCUAAUUACCACAAGGUGUUCCCCAUUACCACUCCCCUAUAAAUGCUGUGUUUGGACUCUCGAUGAUUGUGAAGUCUUGUUUAGCCCCGUCUAGCAUUUCCGAGGGUUUCCCUAGUGUUUGUUCUUUCCAUGUCUUACUAUACCGACUUUGAUUCUCUGCUGCCUGCCCCGACCUCUGCCUGUUACUAUUUCUGAUUUUGGAAAUCACUUGACACACUUGACGAUGUUCUCUGAUUACUGCCUGUCUGACCAUUCUCUUAUUAAAUAUACUGCAAAUGGAUCCAAA